AUGAUAUCUCAUCUUAAAAAUAAAGGUGGUAUAUAUAUUAUUAUAAAUAAAAUAUCACGUAAUUAUUAUAUAGGUUCAGCGUCUAUAAAUAGAUUAUAUACUAGAUUUAGUAAUCAUAUGUUAAAUUAUCAUGGUAGUAAAUUAAUAAAAAGAUCUAUAUUAAAAUAUGGUUUAAAUAAUUUUAUAUUUGCUAUAUUAGAAUAUUAUCCUAUAAUAUCUAAUUUACCAUUAAAUAAUUCUGUAACUAGUACUAGUAAAACUAAUUAUAAUAUAAAUAAUAUUAAAUAUAAUGAUUAUAGACAUAAUUUAUUUGAAUUAGAAACUAUGUAUAUUUCAUUAUUAACACCUAAAUAUAAUAUAUUAACAGAAGCAGGUUCUAGUAUAGGUUAUAAACAUACUGAUGAAACUAUAGAAAAAUUAAAAUUAUCAUUUACUAAAGAACGUCGUUUAUUAUUAAGUCAAUUACAAUCUUCACGUAAAAUUAAAUUAUCUAAAAUAAAUAGUAAAAUUAUUUAUUUAUAUAAUAUAGAUAAUAAUAGCCAUCAAUUUAUUGAUGAAUAUAAUGAUAAUAAUAAAUAUAAAUGUCAAUUUAAAAAUAUAAAUACUGCUAGUCAUUAUUUAUGUUGUAGUUAUAAAACUAUACAACGUUCUUUAAAUAUGGGAUGA